AUGGCCUUCAAGCUACUCAACAAAAAUCUGCCUGUUCCUGCGAGCAUACAACAUGCCAUCUUCUCGAAUCUGGCCGAUGAUGGACCCACUGAUCCGCGGGAUUUGUUGAAUGAAUUGACCUACGCCGAGCACAGUGACCGCCAAAACCGUCCACUUGUUCCAGCACUUUUGCCGAGCGGAGUCGACUUUGAAGCCAUCGCAACCUCAAGGGAAGCUGCCAUCAACAACCGUAUUGUUUCAAGAAUGUCGGAGCUUGAGCUUCUGCCGAGCAAUGUGGAUGCUUUCGCCUUCAAGACUGAGAGUGAUGCAAAGCUCCGCUUGCUGAUUGAGUACAAGUCACUCAAACUACUCACAAAGCAAAAACAGAUGCGAGAGUCUAUGCUGCAUGCACUUCCUUCCUUCAUGACCCUUGCAGCUACUCACAAUCGUGCCGGCUACCGUCGCAUUAAGACACAAAAUCUGAGAGAGUCACGCCUCACUGAUUCUAUGGAACGACAACAGAGGACUGAGCGUGAGCGUCGUGAGAAGCAAAAGCAACUCGACUACCUGACUGGUAUCACAGCUCAUGCUGCAGCCGUUGCACAGGAUGCGCAAGCGACCCGAGCAAAGGCACAAAAGCUCGGCCGAGGUGUUCUGGCGUAUCACUCUUACAUCGAGAAGGAGGAGCAGCGACGUAUUGAGCGUAAUGCGAAGCAGCGUCUCCAGGCACUCAAAGCAGACGAUGAGGAAGCCUACAUGGCGCUCAUUGAUCAAGCCAAGGACACGCGUAUUACGCAUCUUCUCAAGCAGACCAACACUUACCUCGAUUCGCUCGCAGAAGCCGUCAAACAGCAGCAAGGUCACAACCGCACGCUGGGUCCUGGCGAGUCAGAGCGCGACGAAAAGGAAGGUAAGGAAGAGGGCACGACAGCCGAGGAAGCACAGGAACUGGACUAUUACCAAAUUGCACACAAGAUCCAAGAAACUAUCCUGGAGCAGCCGCGCAUAUUGGUUGGUGGCACAUUGAAGGAGUAUCAGCUCAAGGGUUUGCAAUGGAUGAUUUCGCUAUACAACAACAGACUCAACGGUAUCCUUGCCGAUGAAAUGGGUCUCGGAAAGACCAUCCAGACGAUCUCGCUCAUUACUUUCUUGAUUGAGAAGAAGAAGCAGGAUGGCCCAUUCCUGGUCAUCGUGCCGCUCUCGACUCUGACCAACUGGACGCUAGAAUUUGAAAAAUGGGCGCCGAGUGUGCACAAGAUUGUGUACAAGGGAGCGCCGUCCACCAGACGACAACUUGCUACAGGGGUGCGCCAAGGCGCCUUCCAAGUGCUGCUCACAACUUUCGAGUACAUCAUCAAGGAUCGUCCAAUCUUGUCCAAAAUCAAAUGGCUGCAUAUGAUUAUUGACGAGGGACACCGCAUGAAGAAUGCCAACUCCAAGCUUUCCAACACGCUCGUUACUUAUUACAACACCAAGUAUCGUCUGAUUCUGACGGGUACCCCGCUCCAGAAUAACCUGCCCGAACUCUGGGCACUGCUCAACUUUGUCUUGCCCAAAAUUUUCAACUCGGUCAAGUCCUUUGAUGAGUGGUUCAAUACGCCCUUCGCAAAUACAGGAGGCCAAGAUAAGAUGGAGCUGUCCGAGGAAGAGUCGCUUCUCGUUAUUCGCCGUCUUCACAAGGUUCUUCGACCAUUCUUGCUCCGUCGUCUCAAGAAGGAUGUCGAGAAGGAUCUUCCAGACAAGGUUGAGAAUGUCAUCAAGUGUCCACUCUCUUCUUUGCAAAAGAAGCUCUAUGACCAGAUGAAGAAGCAUGGCAUGCUCUUUGUCAGCGAUGACGGCAGCAAAGGCGGCAAGGCCCAGGGCAUCAAAGGAUUGAAUAACACCCUCAUGCAGUUGCGUAAAAUUUGCAACCAUCCUUUUGUCUUUGAAGACGUCGAGAGGUCGAUUGUGCCUGAAGGUGGCAACAAUGACCAGCUUUGGCGUGUGGCAGGCAAAUUCGAGCUUCUCGAUCGCAUCUUGCCGAAAUUCAAGCGCACUGGACAUCGAGUCCUCAUGUUCUUCCAAAUGACGCAGAUCAUGAACAUCAUGGAGGACUUUUUGCAUUUCCGCGGGCACAAGUACAUGCGUCUCGAUGGUUCUACAAAGGCAGACGAUCGUUCCGCAAUGCUCAAGGACUUCAAUCACCCAGAGAGUGACUACUUCAUUUUCCUGCUAUCUACGCGCGCAGGCGGUCUGGGAUUGAACUUGCAAACUGCUGAUACUGUCAUUAUCUACGACUCUGACUGGAACCCUCAUCAGGAUUUGCAGGCUCAAGAUCGUGCGCAUCGUAUUGGACAGACCAAGGAGGUGCGCAUCUUGCGACUCAUCACCGACAAGUCCAUCGAGGAAUCAAUUCUUGCGCGUGCUCAGUAUAAGCUUGAUAUCGACGGCAAGGUCAUUCAGGCGGGAAAGUUUGACAACAAGUCGACCGCUGAGGAGCGCGAAGCCUUCUUGCGAAGCUUGCUUGAUAGUGAUCCUGCUGCGGAUGCUGAAGCAGAGCCCGAAGAAGAAGAAGAGCAAGAUGAUGAGCUCAACGAGAUCAUUGCUCGUAAUGAUGAUGAGUUGCGACUGUUCAAGCAGAUGGAUGUAGAUCGAGACAUCAUGUCUCCCUAUGGUCCUACAAAAGCGCUCCCUCGACUCAUGUCUGACAAGGAAUUACCAGAUGUCUAUCAUCAAGAGGACCACGCUGUGGCAGAAGACUUUUUCGCUAUUGGCGAUGCUGGCAAGCGAGAGCGCAAAGAGGCAAAUUACGAUGAUGGUCUCACAGAGGAGGAAUGGACGCGCGCUGUGGACGAAGGUGAAGACCCAGCAGAACUCAUUUCGCGCCGUCGUCGGAAGCCCAAGUCGGGCGCCACGACAGGUGAGGUCUCUGGUGCAACAAGUCCUGUGCCAAGCAGUACGGGCUCCAUCAAGAAGCGCAAUCGACACUCGCGCGCUGCUUCUAUUGAUCCAGAAUCUACACCACGCAAGCGUAUCAGAACAACGGCAGGCCCGGGUCCCUCAGCAUUGAGCCAGCAGUCCGUAUCGACUGCAGCAAGGGGCGCGAUGCAGAAAAUUUUCAUGACUUGCUUGCAUGCACUCGAUGACCUGGUCGCUGACGACGGCCAUGGUCGUACUGAUGUCUUUAUUGUGUUGCCGCAACGCAAGGAGUAUCCGAGCUACUACACACUGAUCAAAAGGCCGAUCAGUCUGACGCAAAUCAAGCGCAAGGUCAAGCGGGAGCAGUACGACUCUGUACAUGCAUUCCGAGCGGACUUUGAGCUCAUGUUUGCAAAUGCGCGUGCGUUCAAUGAGGAAGGCUCGUGGAUUGUGCAGGAUGCCGUGGUGCUGGAGGAAGCUCUCAAAGCAAAACUAGAGUCGAUGGCGCCUGGCGGCAAUGUUGAUUUGGGUAUUGUGGACAGUAUGGCAGAACCAUCAGACAGUGGCAGUGAUCACAUGGAGGAUUCUGAGUAG